AUGGAAGUUUUCCCCUGGUUCUUGGUGUUGUCCAUGUGGUGGUCUCGAACCUGGGACGCGGGGAGUGCGGAUUCGAUCAUCCACAUCGGAGCAAUUUUUGAUGAAUCUGCCAAAAAGGAUGAUGAGGUGUUUCGCAUAGCAGUUGGCGACCUCAACCAGAAUGAGGACAUCUUACAGACUGAGAAAAUCACAUUUUCGGUGACAUUUGUUGAUGGCAACAACCCAUUUCAGGCGGUUCAAGAAGCCUGUGAACUUAUGAAUCAAGGCAUCUUGGCCCUGGUCAGCUCCAUUGGCUGCACAUCAGCGGGGUCCCUCCAGUCUCUGGCAGAUGCCAUGCACAUCCCCCAUCUCUUCAUCCAGAGAGCAACUGCUGGGACUCCAAGGAGUGGCUGUGGACUCACCCGCAGCAACAGGAAUGAUGACUACACGCUCUCUGUUCGUCCACCUGUCUACUUAAAUGAUGUUAUCCUGAGAGUGAUCACAGAAUAUGCCUGGCAGAAAUUCAUCAUAUUCUAUGACAGUGAAUAUGAUAUCCGUGGAAUACAGGAGUUUUUGGACAGAGUAUCUCAGCAGGGGAUGGAUGUUGCACUUCAAAAGGUAGAAAACAACAUCAAUAAAAUGAUCACCACUCUCUUUGAUACCAUGAGAAUAGAGGAAUUGAAUCGCUAUCGAGACACUCUUAGGAGAGCCAUCCUUGUUAUGAAUCCCGCCACAGCCAAAUCCUUCAUUACUGAGGUUGUGGAGACUAAUUUGGUUGCUUUUGACUGUCACUGGAUCAUUAUAAAUGAGGAAAUAAAUGACAUGGAUGUACAGGAACUUGUAAGAAGGUCAAUUGGAAGGCUAACUAUCAUUCGGCAGACAUUCCCAGUCCCCCAGAACAUAAGUCAGCGAUGUUUCCGUGGCAACCAUCGAAUAUCUUCAACGUUGUGUGAUCCAAAGGACCCAUUUGCGCAGAAUAUGGAGAUUUCGAACCUUUACAUAUAUGACACGGUGCUUCUGCUUGCUAAUGCGUUCCAUAAGAAGCUGGAGGACCGGAAGUGGCACAGCAUGGCGAGUCUGUCAUGUAUCAGGAAGAAUUCCAAACCCUGGCAGGGCGGGCGGUCCAUGCUGGAAACCAUCAAGAAGGGUGGAGUGAGUGGGUUGACUGGAGAGCUGGAAUUUGGAGAAAAUGGAGGCAAUCCCAACGUCCACUUUGAAAUUCUUGGAACCAACUAUGGAGAGGAGCUUGGCCGAGGCAUUCGCAAACUUGGGUGCUGGAAUCCUGUCACAGGGCUGAAUGGGUCACUGACUGACAAGAAACUGGAGAAUAACAUGCGCGGAGUGGUCCUCCGUGUGGUGACCGUGCUGGAAGAACCUUUUGUAAUGGUCUCUGAAAAUGUCCUGGGAAAGCCCAAGAAAUACCAGGGCUUCUCCAUUGAUGUUUUGGACGCCUUAUCUAACUACCUUGGAUUUAACUAUGAUAUUUAUGUUGCACCGGAUCAUAAAUAUGGAAGCCCACAGGAAGAUGGUACAUGGAAUGGCUUGGUAGGAGAACUAGUCUUCAAGAGAGCGGACAUAGGGAUUUCUGCUUUAACAAUCACCCCAGAUCGAGAGAAUGUGGUGGAUUUUACAACACGUUACAUGGACUACUCAGUGGGAGUACUACUUCGAAGAGCUGAAAAGACAGUGGAUAUGUUUGCCUGUCUUGCACCAUUUGAUCUCUCUCUAUGGGCUUGCAUUGCUGGCACAGUCCUUCUUGUGGGUCUGCUGGUCUACCUUCUGAAUUGGCUUAACCCCCCUCGAUUACAAAUGGGAUCAAUGAGUUCUACUACUCUCUACAACUCCAUGUGGUUUGUGUAUGGAUCCUUUGUACAGCAAGGUGGGGAGGUCCCAUACACAACACUGGCUACCAGAAUGAUGAUGGGCGCUUGGUGGCUGUUUGCUUUGAUUGUCAUCUCAUCUUACACAGCAAACCUUGCUGCUUUCCUCACUAUCACCCGCAUUGAAAGCUCCAUUCAGUCUCUCCAGGACCUUUCCAAGCAGACAGACAUUCCUUACGGCACGGUCCUGGACUCUGCAGUGUAUGAGCAUGUGCGUAUGAAGGGAAUGAAUCCUUUCGAGAGGGACAGCAUGUAUUCCCAAAUGUGGCGGAUGAUCAAUCGAAGCAAUGGAUCGGAGAAUAAUGUUCUGGAGUCCCAAGCAGGCAUUGAGAAGGUAAAAUAUGGAAACUAUGCCUUUGUGUGGGAUGCGGCUGUAUUGGAGUAUGUAGCCAUCAAUGACCCUGAUUGCUCCUUCUACACCAUCGGGAACACUGUUGCUGAUCGGGGAUACGGAAUUGCACUGCAGCAUGGCAGUCCUUACCGGGAUGUCUUCUCACAAAGGAUCCUGGAGCUUCAGCAGAAUGGCGACAUGGACAUCCUGAAGCACAAGUGGUGGCCCAAAAACGGCCAGUGCGACCUGUACUCCUCAGUGGACACAAAGCAGAAAGGAGGUGCCCUGGACAUAAAGAGCUUUGCGGGGGUUUUCUGCAUCCUGGCCGCUGGGGUUGUCCUCUCCUGCUUUAUAGCCAUGCUGGAGACCUGGUGGAACAAGAGGAAAGGCUCCAGGGUCCCGUCCAAAGAGGAUGACAAGGAAAUUGACCUGGAGCACCUCCAUAGACGUGUAAAUAGCUUGUGCACAGAUGACGACAGCCCCCAUAAACAGUUUUCCACCUCGUCAAUUGACUUGACCCCUCUGGACAUUGACACUUUGCCAACACGACAAGCACUGGAGCAAAUCAGUGAUUUCAGGAACACUCAUAUCACCACCACCACCUUUAUCCCAGAGCAGAUCCAGACUCUUAGCCGCACACUGUCAGCUAAAGCUGCCUCUGGUUUCGCUUUUGGCAACGUGCCUGAGCACCGAACUGGCCCUUUUAGGCACAGGGCACCUAACGGGGGCUUUUUCAGGAGUCCUAUAAAAACAAUGUCAUCUAUUCCUUACCAGCCAACUCCUACCCUGGGGCUCAAUCUGGGUAGCGAUCCAGACCGAGGCACCUCCAUAUGA